AUGUCCCGACAAGAAUUAUUAAAUCCAGGAGGUCUACGUAUCGAUGGACGUCGUGCAACUGAACUUCGCAAGAUAAAAUGCAAACCGUCCGUGUUACGCCAAGCGGAUGGUUCUGCUUAUAUUGAACAAGGAAAUACCAAAUGUUUGGCUGCGGUUUAUGGGCCUCGUGAGCCUCGAUUGAAAUCACAAAUAAUACACGACAAAGCUAAUAUUAACGUUGAGCUUAGCUACGCGCCAUUCUCAACAAGCGAGAGAAAGAGGAGAGCAAAGACUGACAAACGUAUUUUAGAGAUUGCCUCGGCGGUCAAACAAACUUUUGAGCCGGUAAUCCUUGCAAAUCUGUUCCCAAGGUCACAAAUUGAUAUCUACUUGCAGAUACUACAAUUCGAUGGAGGAACCGUACAAAUAUGUAUUAAUGCUGCAACAAUGGCUCUCAUAGAUGCUGGUGUACCUAUGAGAGAUUACGUUUGUGCGUGCACGGCAGGCUGCUUUGAUAAACAACCUGUAUUAGAUCUAAAUAACACCGAAGAAUCUUCAGACAGUCCAGAGCUUACUGUUGCGAUUCUGCCCAGAUCUGGAAAAGUGACUCUCUUACAGAUGGAAUCACGACUUCACGUCGAAAAAUUUGAAAGUGUCAUGAAUUUAGCGACAGAAGGGUGCAAAGCUAUAUACAAAAUUCUGGAUAAAUCUAUUCGUGAUAAUAUGAAAGAUGCUACCUCAAAUAUGAUAUAA